AAAACACAUACAAGAAACGCAUUUGUCGCCCGGGUUAAAAAAAGCUACACGUGAUUUUUGUAGUUCUACAUUUCAAACUGAAUCGCUUGUGUUAAAGCACGAAAAAAGCGAACAUGAGUGUACAAAUUUUAUGUGUGAUGAAUGUGAGUAUACAACUAGUUCCAAGACAAGUUUACAGACUCAUUUAAAGAGUCACUCUGGGGACAACGUUUUUAAUUGUGGUCACUGUAGUUACACUACCCUGUUGGAAAGUGAAUUACACAAACACCAAGCGAUACACACUCGAGACAAGCCUUUUAGGUGUACAGAAUGUGAUUACAAAUGUAGUUUUAAAUCAGACUUCAAGAAGCACCUGAUGAUACACACUGGGGAAAAGCCAUUUCAAUGUAGCCACUGUGAUUACAAAUUCAGACUCAAAUCACACUUAAAUAAUCACCUGAUGAUACACACUGGGGAGAAGCCAUUUAAAUGUAGUCACUGUGAUUACAAAUUCAGACGCAAAUCACACUUAAAGAAUCACCUGAUGAUACACACUGGGGAGGAGAAGCCAUUUAAAUGUAGUCACUGUGAUUACAAAUUUAGUCGGAAAUCAGACUUAAAGAAUCACCUAAUGAUACACACUGGGGAGAAGCCAUUUCAAUGUGGCCACUGUGAUUACAAAUGUAGUCGGAAAUCAGACUUAAAGAAUCACCUCGUGAUACACACUGGGGUGAAACCAUUUCAAUGUAGUUACUGUGAUUAUAAAUGUAGUUUCAAAUACAACUUAAAGAAUCACCUUAUGAUACAUACUGGGGAAAAGCCAUUUCAAUGUAGCCACUGCGAUUAUAAAUGUAAUUUCAAAUCACUCUUAAAGAAUCACCUGAUGAUACAUACUGGGGAGAAGCCAUUUCAAUGUAUCCACUGCGAUUAUAAAUGUAAUUUCAAAUCACUCUUAAAGAAUCACCUGAUGAUACAUACUGGGGAGAAGCCAUUUCAAUGUAGCCACUGCGAUUAUAAAUGUAGUUUGAAAUCAAACUUAACGAAUCACCUGGUGAUACAUACUGGGGAGAAGCCAUUUCAAUGUAACUACUGUGAUUGCAAAUGCAAUCGGAAAUCAGACUUAAAGAAUCACCUGAUGAUACACACUGGGGUGAAGCCAUUUCAAUGUAGUUACUGUGAUUAUAAAUGUAGUUUCAAAUACAACUUAAAGAAACACCUGAUGAUACAUACUGGGGAGAAGCCAUUUCAAUGUAGCCACUGUGAUUACAAAUUCAUUCGGAAAACAGACUUAAAGAAUCACCUGAUGACACACACUGGGGUGAAACCAUUUCAAUGUAGCCACUGCGAUUAUAAAUGUAGUUUCAAACCAAACUUAAAGAAUCACCUGAUGAAACAUACUGGGGCGAAGCCAUUUAAAUGUACCCACUGCGAUUAUAAAUGUAGUUUAAAAUCAAACUUAAAGAUUCACCUGAUGAAACACUCUGGGGUGAAGCCAUUUCAAUGUAGCCACUGCGAUUAUAAAUGUAGUUUCAAAUCAAACUUAAAGAUUCACCUGAGGAAACAUACUGGGGAGAAGCCAUUUCAAUGUAGGCACUGUGAUUACAAAUGCAGUCAUAAAUCACGCUUCAAAGAACACCAGAUGAAACAUACUGGGGGGAAGACAAUUAAAUGUAGCCACUGCGAUUACAAAUGCCGUUAUAAAUCAACCCUAGUAAGACACCAGAAGACGCAUACAGGGACGAAGCCUAUAGACGUAUCAAUAGCGAGUACUAGUGCAGCCUGAAACAGCGCCUGUGAAGACACCAGAUCAUACACGCGGAAGAGAAGCCUUGUAGGGAAGCGUUGGAGGGUAUGCUGCCUUUUGAACUAAAUCGGAAAGUUAAUCCCGUGCUGCCCCCUACAGCUCACGCGCGCUCCCGUGUACUAAUGUAAUCACUGCA